ACUGCGGAGCGGGGCGGUUCUGCUCGGGAGGAGUCCGGCCGGGCUCUCGGGGCGGCAGGGAGAGGCGGCGCCGCGAAGGAUGCUCGGCCGCUCCGGCGGGAGCUGUGCUGUAAGGCAGCCGGGCUGCGGCGCGGCGGCGCCCGGUUCGUCACGCGGUUUGUCGUCCCGCAGGUGCGGGGCACGGGCGGCAGCAGCGCCGUCAGCAAAUGCUCGGCGGCGGAGCGGGGAUACGUGCGGGACCGCUUCGUGCGGCUCCUCGCGGGCCGGCCGCGGAGGAGAACUGCGCUCAUCCACCGAGGUUAUUAUGUCCGUGCCCGUGCUGUAGAUCACUGUGUUCAAGAUUUCCUGCUGAAGACCAGAAGUCAUCCUAGGAGACAGAUCCUGUCUCUAGGUGCUGGCUUUGACUCCCUGUACUUCCGUUUGAAAGACAUGGAUCUUCUACAUCACACUGUGAUGUAUGAGGUGGAUUUCCCAAGUGUGGCGUGCCAAAAAGCUGCUCUGAUCAAGAGGACGGAAGAGUUGUCAGCACUGGUGGGAGAUGCUGGAGCAGAAGGGUUAGGAGUCACCAUCGCCUUUUCUGGGAAGGAUUACAGAUUAUUGGGAGUGGAUUUAUCAGAGCUGCCAAAGCUGAGUGCAGCUCUAGAUGAAGCAGGACUGGACAGUGAAGUCCCCACCCUUUUCAUAGCAGAGGUGGUGCUCACCUACAUGGAAAGCAGCAGGUCAGAUGCCUUGGUUCAGUGGGCAGCAGAGCAUUUCUCUCAUGCGUGCUUUCUGCUGUAUGAGCAGAUGCACCCAGAGGAUCCCUUUGGACGUGUAAUGCAACAGCAUUUCAGUCAGCUGAACUCUGCACUUCGUUCUUUGUCUCAAUACCCUGAUGGUGAAGCACAGCAGAAGCGUUUUUUUGAAAAAGGCUGGACUGAGUGCAGUGUUGUGGAUAUGAAUGAGUUUUUCACCCGUUGUAUUCCAGAAGAUGAGCAACAAAGAGUGCAGGCUCUGGAGCCUUUUGAUGAAUAUGAGGAAUGGCACCUGAAGUGUUCUCAUUACUUUGUCUUGACUGCAUCAAAGGGGAUGGAACCCUCCUGGACUCCAUUAUUAUCCAACGUGGCAGUUCCUCCUCAUCAUGGCCCUGUCAGGUUGGCUGGGAGCAUCAGUGCAUUGGCAUGUGCAGCUCAGUCUGAAGUUGUUGGCUUGAGACGUUAUGGUCACCACUCCGCUCUUAUAAAACCUAAUGUGAUUCUGACCACUGGAGGCUUUGGGGAGGAGAAUGGACAUCACUGUCGUAUGAGGAGUUUUCAUGUUCUUAUGAAGUAUGCAGGCUCCUGGCAAACCAGAUGUGUGAAAAAGGAAAAUCCUGAUAAAGGAUGGGAUGAGCGGCUGUACCAUACGGUGUCAUGUCUCUCAGACAGCCUGGCCCUGGUGGUAGGAGGACGAACGUCCCCAUCAAAUGCAGCGUUGGGAAUGUUGUGGCUGAGGUUCCCCAAAAUCUGUAAUGACUCAGAUCCAGGUGAUGUUACUGUGGAGCCUGUAAGUCUGCAGCCCGCUGCUGAACCAGCUGCUUUGCGUUGGAGACACAGCACAACUGAAGUAAUAUUCAAAGGAGAGAAGUACCUGUUUAUGUAUGGAGGCCGCUCUGCUGUGCAGCCAGUGCUUGGAGAUUGGUAUUUCCUGCACAUCCCAGAAAUUUCCUGUGCUACGAUCGCUGUUGAGGGUCCGGUACCAGAAGGCCGCCACUCGCACAGUGCCUGCAGUUGGAAAGGAGGAGCGCUGAUCGCCGGAGGUCUGGGAGCAGCUGAGCAGCCCUUAAGUUCAGUUUUCCUUCUGAGGGAGACUGAACGUGGCUUUCGGUGGCAGAUUGUGGAGACGCACCCUCCUCUCAUCCCAAGGUACUCGCAUACUGCACAUGUGCACGAUGGAAAACUUGUGCUUGUUGGUGGAGUGUGGUUUCACUCGCUGUGCGUGCCAGGCAUCACUGUCAUUGACUUAACGACUGGGCUGUGCUUGGACUACACAAUUAAUGCGGAACAUUUGGAGUGGCCUUUAAUGCUGCAUAAUCAUAGCAGUGUUUUUCUGCCAGAUGAGAAGGAGUUGCUGCUUAUUGGUGGUGGUGGGAACUGCUUCUCCUUUGGGACACACUUGAAUCCAAAUCCUAUCUCACUGAACCUCAGCAGCAUUCUGACCAGCCACUAACAGGGACCAAACAGGACUGAACUGUAAUGCUCCACCAUGCUGUGACAUCUGCUUACCUGCAUGUCCAAGAACAACAAAAUGUUACUUGCAACAUUUUUUGUAUCCUGAAUGCAUCUGUAAAGGUGGGACAAAGAGAAGGGAUUAAGAAGUGAAGUUCUGUCAAGGGGUUGCACCUCAUCUGUCUUUUUCUUUUUUUUUUUUUCAGUCCUUUUUUGUGUUUCAAAGAGUAUUUUUCCAGAACUAGCUCUGUAGCCCUUAGAGGUGAAAUAAGGAACUCUGCUGUGUUCAAAAGUGAUGUAAGUUUGCACAGUGCUGACUUGAAGCUAGCGAGAAGUAGCUGCGUCAAGAAGCCAUUGGAAAUAUGCAACCCAGCAUAACUAAAUGUGAAACAGAAUGUGUCAUUAGUCAUACCUGAAUGUUUCUAAAGGCCUUUGUAAGGGUGUAUGGAAGGAGUGUCUACUCCUUUAAGGAUAUCUGGUCAAAUACUAAUUUACAGUGUAACAAGGGGAAAAUGGGAAAGGGAGGAAGACAUAAGCAGGAACAGACCAGCAAAUGAUAAGGAUGGAAUAAUGGGAAGCUGCCCAGUCAGUCACAGUUUUAUGGGCAGGUGUAAGUGUGUGAGAAUGCAGCAAGGUUAUCUGACUAGGGACUUUAUUGAGUGGGAAACUAAAGGAAAAAGAAACCAGAAUAAACAAUGACAUAGACCUGACGAAACAAACAUGGAGACAAUGUCAAGAAACAAAUCUCUGAUAAUCUGGGACAGUGUGGGACUCAGUAGAGCUGCAAACCCAUGGUGAGGUGCUCAAAGAAAAGGGGAACCAGGGAUGAACAGAGUGAAGAUGCUGGAAAAUCAAGGUUAUAAAAGUUGUGUGUGAAAUAGAGUUGGUCAGGGCUUGUCAGGCAUCUGCAUCUGUUGACUACAAUCUGUUUUAUUAUAAUUUAUUAAAUCUGAACUCACUCUGUAUAUUCACACACUGCCCUAUGUGUAUGUAUUGCUGCAAGGGCUGCUGAGACCUGUGUAUGUAGCAAAAAUUUGGUGCCAGCUUUGGAGUCCAGGGUAUUUUACUUCCAGCCACAUAGGUGAUGAUCUCCAGGGGACCCUUCCAAUUUUAGCCAUUCUGUGUUAAGGGCCUGAGAUCUGCCUGUGUGUAUUGGACAGAGACACUGUGCUGCUACUUAAGGGAUCCAAGCAGGGGUGCUGUCUGGACAGAGAGGCUGUAUCAGUGCUUGAACGUGUGCUUUUGCAGCUUGAGGACUGUGUGUGCCUGCGCUGGUGACUUUCUGUCUCUACAAGCCAAAGGAGAGGAAAAGGAUUUCACUGUGUGUGCUGUGCAUGAUUGCUGUGUCUAGGUGCUGGUGAAGGCAGCAUCUUGUCUGUGUAGCUGACUGUGUCAGCAUCCUGUCUGUGUCUCUAGGUUAUGUGCUUAGUUUCAUUUAUGGUUGAAUCUGCAAAUGGAGGAGUGGCAGCAAAGAUGGUGGGUCCCCAGACAUCGGGCUGCUACCAGUGGCUGCUCAGGAGUGGUCUUGGGCUGUAGCAGCUGCAGGAGGCAGUCACACCCUUUACCUCUUAGCAGGCUUGGUAUGACAAGCUGUGUUUUUUGUUGCCAGCAGCUCAGCUCCAAUCUGUAGCUCUUGGUUGUUACCUGUGAGGCUAACAGUAUGCUAGUUAUCCAGAAUGGGGCAGGGCUCGUGGCUUUGCUCUCUCCCUCCAACAAAAGCAGCGGGCGUACAGGAAGGCCUUUAGGGCAGGCCCAGACUGUCCCUCCUCUUGCCAGCUGAGAAGCAAUCCCCCUGCAGCUGCACAGAGCCCUUCUUCCUCUCCAGAGAAGGCCACGGUAAGCUGCAGCAGUAUUCACUGGCUUACUGACACCAACUUGGCCAAGGGCAGGAGCAGUGGCAGGGAUAAAGCUGAUAUUCCAGCAGAAGGGAGUUCUGUGCAGCUGGUGCUUGGGGCACAGCCCCUGCUUCUCCCCACCAGCACAGGAGAGCCCCAGAUCCACCCUAAGGAGCUGCAGGGGGGCUGUAGCCCUCCACAUGCUAACAAGCUUCCUGGAUGGCAAAGGCCAAGGGCAGUGAUGCACACCAGUGAUGCAUUCAUGCUGACCGGGCUGCCGGUGGGAGGGAAAUGCUGAGGCUGUGGGAGUGAGGCCUGUUUGUCAAAAAAAGGAGACAGAUUGGCACAGGGAGUACUUUAGGGUGGCCCUGGGAAGCACCUGGGAUUAACUUGGAAACUUCUUGGGCAGCCUGAAGGACACUGAGGAUUUUGGUAGGAUACUGUGAGCUGGAGUACACUGUGGGGUUGACAAGUCACAACACAAAAGGGUAAAAAAAAAAAAGGGGGGGAAACUGUGGGAGGCAGAUACAUAAAAACAUAGAAAUAUUUAUGUCAUUGUGUCAACUGCACCACUCAGCUUGGUGUUGUCAGCAAACUUGCUGAGGGUGCACUCGAUUCUGUUAUCGAUGUCUCUGAUAAAGAGCACUGGUCCCAGGACAGACCCCUGGGGGAUGCCGCUCGUUACCGGCCUCCACCUCAACAUAAAACCAUUGAUCACCAUCCUCAGUCUGUGGCCUUUCAACCAAUUUCUGAUCCAUCGCCUGGUCCCCCCAUCAACUCUACAGCCCACCAAUGCCAUCACUCCACCACAGAAGGCCACCAGAGUGGUUACUCAUGACCUUCCCCUGCUGAAGCUGUGGUAGCUGACUUAGAUCACACGCUCAUUCCUCGUAUGAUCCAGCAUGUCCUUGAGAUGGAUCUGUUCCUCACCAUCUUAGCAGUUAUACAUUGAAAUGGAAUAACUGGUGUUGCUUUCAUGAAGAAACCUCCCUUUGUCUUCUACUCCUGCUGCAGCCACACCAGCUGCACCGGCACGACUCACGUAUUUGACAAAACUCCAGCUCUGGCUUAGCCAGGCACAGCAGCAGUCCGUCUCCCUCCCAGACCACUGACCAGCGUGCUGCUGUGCCACACAGCGUAGCAGCAAGAGCGGGCAGCACUCACCAGCCUCUUCCCACCCUCGCUGCCAGCUGGGAUGAGGGCUGGCGCCGUGUGCCCACUCAGCUUUUCUGCUGAGACGCCUCCCAUCACCCACCCAGCUCAGCCUGAGCUGUGCCCGGCUCAUGUGCAUGCUGCAGCGGUGCUUCUGUUGGGCUCUCACAUGGUCAUCUCUUCCAACGAGGCCCAAAGCUCUGCUUCCACAUGCAGCACUCUCACCAGAGCACCAGCUGUGGAAUAAACGCUCCUACCCCAGCAAUGAUUGCAACCUUGGUGAAUGCCUGCAGCACUUCUGUGCUUUCAUCAUAAGCAAAGGGAGGGGGUCACCUCCCGGAUCCAAAUUUUAAGAAAAAACAGAAUGGUCACCCAAUGGGGUUAUCUUAAGUAAAACAACAGAGAAAUCAAGAUGACUCUUCUGCACCCAGCUCAGAUAGCCCCCUAGCUCAGGCACCACACAAUCAGACCAAGGAGAUGUUGCCUCUGGGCUGCUUUCAGCAUGGAAUCUGGAAGGGUUUGGCCUUCCAUACGUGCCGCACAGCAGCCCCGAGCCGAGCCCUGCAUGCAGUCACUGUGCCCACAGCUGGUGCACUGCUGCCAGAAGCGAUCCGAGGACACAGGUGGACGCAGGCACUCCUGCUCCUUCUGCAAAGCCAUCCUCUGCAGAGCCCGCUAGGUGCUGCUCACUGCUAUGCCAUCCAUUUACUGCAGCCCUGGGAUAAACACACGUGCACUCUUCUGUGCAGCAGUGAGCUCCAGGCAUGAAGCACCAGAGGGCAAAUCAACAGAAUCUACUGCUGACUCCAUCAGCUCCUUCUUCUACCAACCACAGGGCAAAUACCAUGGGACAGAACACGGGGGGGAGAGCACUUCUGCUUGCAUGCCUGCAGUGAAAUUCAGAACAGCUACUGCAAGAAGAGCUCGUGGGGUAAACCCAGCCUCAGAGAGGCAAACACAUCUGGUUCCAGCAGUUAGUAUGGCACAUUAUUGAUGAAAUGCUGCUUCGUUGCUCAGAGGGCACGCAGCACGCCGCUUGGACAGGCACAGCAGUGCUGCAGCAUCCAAGCUGAGCAGCAAAACGUCCCCAGCUCCCCUGGCCAACACUGCCAGGGAAAUGCACCGCCUGCAGCCCCACAUGGCUCACUGCACGGACACUGGGGGGCUGCCUUAGUCUCAGGUGGAGGGAUUUUUCUUCAGAGUAUCUGGUAUGAUGGUAUGUUUGGGCUCUAGGAGAAAAAUCACACUGAUAACACUCUGAUGUUUACAGAUUCUGAUAAGCAAAGUUGCACAGAGCCAAGGCCAUUCUCAGCAAAGCUCUCAGCAAGAGGCUGGGAGGGAAGAGAAUGAAGACAGCUGAUGUAAACAGCUAGCUGGACAUUGGUUGG